CGCAACGGUGGCAAUACUGAAUUUUCUGUUUACAUGCUUGUCGUGUAACUUCCCGAAGUGAUGGAAAACCAGGAAGCAGAGGAAAGUGUUGAAUAUCCUUUCGCGACGGUGGAGAAGCAAUGCGCUCGUGCAUUACUCCGAGAACGCUUUUUAAGAGUAAUUACUGGAAUUGUUGGAAAACCAGUUGAAUUUCACAUGCUGGAAAACUCAAAUGUAAAGGCGGAAUUUCGAGGAUGUGACGUCGAUAACCUGGAGGUUUUUGUACGAGGAUUAGCUACUCCACUAGGCAAAGUACCUGAGGCAGUUUUAAGAACGAGCGAUAUCAUCUACUUUGAUGUCAAUGGAAUUUCUCCAUCGUGAUAGUUAUCCCACUAGAUAUUCUUUACAACUUUAAAAGCAAAACUAUUGUAAUAUUGAUAAUAAAUCCAACUACCAUGUAA